UCACGGCUCUUCUGUCGGAAAAUCCAUGUGGAAUUUCAAGAAAUGGACAGAAGAACAUGGGAAUAAUUGAAUGAGACUCAGAAUUCUUCAGGCUUUUUAAAGAUAAAAUUCAUUAAAAAAAUGAUGUUUUUCUUACCCUAGUUGCAGUUUCACAUGCGAGGCUGUUGCAUAUGCAGAAAUUCUUGUAUCUAUAUAAGAUACAACUAAUUUUGAGUUUUGCAGAGCCAUUAACUGAAAUAACCCCACUAAUCUAUCUUCUCAUUGUUCUCCUCAUUGAGAAAAAUGACUAAAAAUGUCAUUUUACCAAUUGUACUUAUAAUUGGAAUCUCAUGUUUUCUCAUGAAGGCUAGUGCCAUUACAACUUCUGGUUGGACUCAAGCUCAUGCAACCUUCUAUGGAGGCAGUGAUGCUUCCGGGACAAUGGGUGGUGCUUGUGGAUAUGGGAAUUUGUAUUCAACUGGUUAUGGGACUAGAACUGCAGCAUUGAGCACUGCAUUGUUCAAUGAUGGAGCAGCAUGUGGGCAAUGUUACAAGAUUAUGUGUGAUUAUAAUGCUGAUCCUAAAUGGUGCAUCAAGGGAACUUCUGUUACCGUUACUGCUACAAACUUUUGUCCUCCAAAUUAUGCUCUUCCCAGUGACAAUGGAGGUUGGUGCAACCCACCACGCCAACAUUUCGACAUGGCUCAACCCUCUUGGGAAAAGAUAGGCAUUUAUAGAGGUGGAAUCGUGCCCGUCAUCUACCAAAGGGUUCCGUGCAAGAAACAUGGCGGAGUUAGAUUCACCAUCAAUGGAAGAAACUACUUUGAGCUUGUAAUGAUUAGUAAUGUGGCAAAUGCUGGAUCUAUUCAAUCAGUGCAAAUCAAGGGCUCGAAAACCAACUGGAUGGCUAUGUCUAGGAAUUGGGGGGCUAAUUGGCAAUCCAAUUCUUACCUCAAUGGCCAAUCUAUAUCCUUCAAGGUCACAACCACUGAUGGUCAAACAAGAACUUUCCUAAACAUUGUCCCAUCAAAUUGGGGUUUCGGCCAAACAUUUUCAAGCCCUGCCCAAUUCUAAGUAGAUAAUGGGCCGUUGAGUUUUAUGUUUUGGGCUUUCUCAGUUGACAGGCUGCGGCGUGCUUACUCUUUUACACAAAGCAGCCCGCCAAUGUUUUGGGCUAUACAGUAUUUCAUUCGGGGCCUGAUUUUAAGCCCACCAAAAAUUUGGUUGGCACUGUGUAUUUAGCCAUUGUUUUCAACUGUACUGAAAUAUGUAUAUUUUCAAAAUAAGAAGCAAGUCUUCUUUGCAGCUUCAGAAAUUUGUUUCGAGUUUUUUUCUCUAUGCCUUGUAAUAUAAUAAGAAGAACGUGUUCACGGUUCAUACA